CUUAGCAAUAGAAGUAGUAGCAGGAGUACUCAGUAGCAGUAAAGUCAAUUACGACACUCUGCUUUGUCUACUUUACAUGUACAAACACAUCACAGGGCGGCUAGCACGGCUACAACACUCUCAAACACGCAGCAUGAAGGCCUACUACUACGCCGGUGAAGGCGACCAACGCCUCCCCCAUCGCGGCGAACAGGUCAAUGACACGGCCCUGCAGCAAAUCGGCGUCUUGACCUGGCAACUCCCACAGAGUCGCUUCACUGAGGAGCAGCAGCUUGCAGAGGUCAAUAAAAUCGCUGCUCAGCGGCAGUAUAAGAACCGCGAUGUCAUUACUGUGAGUAAAGAAGCGAUGGGCGAUGUGUAUGAGAUGAAAGUCAAGAGUUUCUUUGAAGAGCACUUGCAUGAGGAUGAGGAGAUUCGCUUCAUCCUCGAUGGCGAGGGAUACUUUGACGUACGGACGAAAGAGGAUCGAUGGAUCCGACUGGCGAUGGAGAAGGGCGACCUCGCUGUUCUGCCUGCUGGCAUCUUCCAUCGCUUCACCACGGCAGAGACGGAUUAUAUCAAGGCGAUGCGCUUGUUUAAGGAAGAUCCAGUCUGGACACCGCUCAAUAGGACCAAGGAGCUCGAGGAGACGAAUGCCUACCGCAAGGCCUACAUGGAUACCAUCGCUUCAUAGCUAAAAUAGCUUUCUUAGUUAAGUUCCUUGACGAGCUGCAUGAUCUUGCUUUCAUCGCCGCCGAGGACGACUUUGCCGUUAUUCCAGUCCACCACGACGGGCCGUUGCAGGAUAUCUCUACCCUUCCCGCUCUCGCCCAAACGCAAUGCAUCUUCACCGUCCACAGCACCAGGCACCAGCUCAGCAAUCUGCGACGCACCAGCCAUAUCAAUGAGUGAGCGGAGUUGGGUGGGCGUCGGUGCGCCUUCUUCGAUUUCAAGGGUGAAUGACUUGCCUGAUGCUGCUGCUUCACUGUCU